AUGAGUAGUACUAUACUAUUGAAAACUUACAAACUGCUUUUCUUUAAGAAAAUUCAAUCUUAUAAAAAUUAAUUAAAGGUAAUUAUUUUUUUCUUAAUUAGUUAAUAUUAUAUCCAACGAUAACCUUCGCUCUCUUUUUAUUUGGGCAUUCUAACAAUAUUGUUAAUUGA